ACGCAGACAUGCAGAUUUUUGUGAAGACCCUGACGGGCAAGACCAUCACCCUUGAGGUUGAGCCCAGUGACACCAUCGAGAAUGUCAAAGCCAAAAUCCAAGACAAGGAGGGCAUCCCACCUGACCAGCAGCGUCUGAUAUUUGCCAGCAAACAACUGGAGGAUGGGCGGACCCUUUCUGACUACAACAUCCAAAAAGAGUCCGCCCUGCACCUGGUGCUUCGCCUGCGAGGUGGGAUCAUGAAAAGGAAGAAUCCAUCUUACACCACUCCCAAGAAGAAUAAGCGUAAGAGAAAGAAGGCUAGGCUGGCUGUCCUAAAAUACUAUAAGGCGGAUGAAAAUGGCACAAUUAGUCCUCUGCUUCAUCGAGAGCACCCUUCAGAUGGGGGUGGUGCAGGGGUUUCCACGGCCAGCCACUUCGACAGACAUUAUUGUGGCAAGUGUUGCCUGACUUACUGCUUCAACAAACCAGAAGACAAGUAAUUAUGAGUUA